AUGGUGCUGGAAGGUUACCUUUCCCGCUUCCUGGUGGAGCGGUUCGGCCGUUACGUGAAAGGAUUGGAUGCGGAGAAUCUACGGCUAUCCGCAUGGAAAGGAGAGGUGGGAAAGCCGAGAGGGGUUGAAGAGGGUGUCGGACGAGAGCGGGUGGGUGGGAGGCAUCCUGGUUUCACGCCCAUUUUUCGUUUGGAUCACAAUCGCCUGCAGAUCCUGCUCACGGGCCUGCAGCUCGUCCCUGAAGCGCUCUCGGAGGGGCUAGACAUCCCUGUCGAAGUCAAAUGGGGACACGUUGGGCUGUUUCAGCUCAGCGUGCCUUGGAACAAGCUGGGGUCCAAGCCGGUGCGUGGCUUGAAAAGAGUGGAGUGGCGGCUCAGGAAGCACCUGGAGAGGAAGGCGUCGCUUGCGGAUGGGGUUUCCAAGGACGAAGGCGGCGGAAAGGGGAGAUGGGGCAGACUCCUGGCCAAAAUUCUCGACAACGUCCAGAUUACCGUGAAAAAUAUACAUAUCCGGUACGAGGAUGAGCUCAGCCUUGACGACGGGACGGGUACCGUGCCGCGGCCCCUAUCUGCGGGCAUCACGUUGCGACAGCUCGUGGUGCAGACCGUUGACGAGCAGUGGACCCCCACCUACGUCCAGGGGGCUGGCGGGGGCAAGGCGGGAGAAAGCGGGGGGCGCUUCGUGUACAAGCUGGUCUCCGUGGACAGCCUAGCGAUGUACUGCGACGAGGAGCUCUCCUCGUCCCCCCGCCCACCCGGUUACCCUGCAGCCUCUUCAUCUGCCGGUGUCGCCGCCACCGGCAGCGAUGCGGCAGAAGUCCCGCCGCGUCCCGGUUCGGCGCUUCCUUCGUCGUCGUCGCCACCGUCCUUGCCGCAAUCUGGCAAUGACGAACAGCACGGCGGAGAGGUUCCCCAGACUUCAGGUGGUGGAAGUGGUGCGGUUGGUCGGGAUGGAUCGUUCCUGGCGUCGGGGCUAACGGACGAGGACCUGGAAAGCAUGUUUCGGACGUCGUUGGCAGAGGGCGGAGACAGGCACUCGUACGUCGUUAUCCCGGCGUCGCCCGUUUUCCGGCUGAGGGUGCAGAGGGACGGCGGCGGUGACAGUGGAAGCAUGGGCGGGAGUUCGAAGUACAAGAUACAGGCGUUUUUCAACGAUGUAGGACUAGUUCUCAACAACUCCCAGAUCGCCAACAUCAACAAGAUGCGGUCGACUCUUCGAGACCUUGAGAGGUGGGAGGCCCUGUACCGGCAUCGGCCGAAGCACAAGAUCAAGGACGGGCCAAAGGCAUGGUGGGUGUACCUAGUGAAGUGCGUGUCCAGGCCGGGGAAGGCGGAAAAGCGGGCGAAGCUCGGCUGGCCGGACGUUGUGCGGCUGCUCUCCCUGAGGAAGCUCUACGUCCGCCUCUACACCGCCCGAGCUCGCCACCAGGCUACACCUGAGGAAUACCAGCAGUUCACCCGCCUGGACGAGCAGCUUACCGCCAACGAGAUCGUGGCUUUCCGGGUCAAGGCCAUCGCCGAGCUGGAGGAACAGGAGGAGCAGGAAGGUUCGCUUUUGUCAUCGUCGUCGUCUGCGAACUUGGCGGUUGCGGCCGCCGGCGAACCAGCGGUGCCGAGGCAGACCUGGGGGCAGUGGCUGCUGAGAAGAGACCCGGUUCCCGCCGCAGCUGCUACUGGUGCUGGUGCUGGUGCUGGUGCUGGUGCUACGACAGCCGAGGAGACUGGGCCGGCAGCGGGAGGGGCAACGCAGCGCGAGGACGCCGCUGCGCAUGCUGAGUUCCUCCGGGCGUUUUCUUCUGCUGGGGGGGACGCAGAGGGGGACAACGAUGGAGGGGACGAGCACAAGAGCAGGUGGGAAAUGCGAGAGGCAGUAUCUCACCUGACGAGGGUGUUGUUCGAUGUGGAGGCGUCUCUGAACGAGGGAGCGCUUACCCUGGUGAAUGCCGGCCAACCAUGCCUCCGGAUAAUCUUCGACCUCAAGGCCGAUCUGGUGAAGCAGAAGACCGACUGGAGACUCGAGCUGGGGCUCGGGGCACUCCAGGCGUUCGGCCUAGCCGGCCAGGGAGCCCGCGCAACAACACUGUUGACAAGGAGGACGUGGAGACCGCCCAAGGCAGUUGGGGGUGGCGACGCCGGCAUGAUCCAGAUAGGCGACUUCCAGGUGUGGAAGAGCGGCGGGAUCAUCGUGGAGUAUCAGCGUGUAGACCCGGACAACGCCGCCUCGAACGAAGGCGGUGGCAGAAGCAGCAGCAGCACCCCCGCCGGCCCAGCCCGAAAAGCCCUCGCUUCUCCCCUGGUGUCUCCACGAGCCGUUUCUUCGUCGGGGGGGGACGGCGGUGGGGUGUCGGCAGACCAAGCCGGUUCCGCCGGUCGUUGGGGCGGUGGCGGCGGCGGCGGCGGGGCGGUGGUGACCGUGAAGGUCGUGUUUGCGCCGCAUCAGCUCAUGCAUAAUCGCCCUUGUGUGGACCAGGUGACAAGCAUGUUUGCGACGAGGGACAUGCGCCUGCUGGCGUCGGCCGCGCAGUCCAAGAUCAGUCGGCUCAAAAGGGCAACGAGAUCGUCCUUUAUGCACGCCCUGGGCAGCAGCAAGAGGGUAGAGGUGGGAGACCGAUGUUCCACCUUGACCCUCAAAACAGCAACGCGAUAA